AUGUUCAAAAUCUUGUCUGUCAUCGUUGGUGUAGUAGCAAUCCGGCUUGCCAUCUCCUACGCUCAGGCCAUCGCACUUGACAUGCGGGAAAAGCCGACAUCGAAGUUACCUGUGGUCGGUAUUUCGCUCACUGCAAAUCAUGCGACAGCAGCAGUCCGAUGGCCAAAUGGCACUUUCGAGAACCUGGGUCGAGUGGAGGCAUCGAAGGCAUAUGUGCAGAUGAUGCGACGUCUCUCCUUGCCUUCUUCAGAACAUAUAACCCGACCAUAUGGCAGCAUGGAAGAUCUGUGGAAUGACGCGCCACGAACAUUAUGGCGGAACACACGAAAGAAGCUUGGCCUGGCAGGCUCUGGCAAUGCAGCUACAUUAGCCGCUAUGCUCAAGAAGACAACGAAGAUGGCGGAGAAGAAACUUGGUUUUCGGCCAUGGGCGAUGCUGAGCUUUCCCCCGUUGUUGGCAUUAUAUCAGGAAUGCGUCGCAGACGCGGCCGAGUACACCGGACUUUACACGCUGACGGCGGACCUGGGGUAUCAGGUGCAUGAACUCACUGCCGCAUAUGCCGGGCAUGGAAUGGGGCUGGAUGAGAGCGACGUUGAACUGGUAACUCGUGGCAAGAAGCCACACGAGUACGGUGGACGACACACAGUCCUUGUUGAGUAUACCGAAACUGCGAUUUUGCUGCAUGGCAAGCCGAUGACACAUGCUCGCAAUCUCGCGAAUGUCGACUGUUUCCGGUCGAGUUUUGAGCUGGGCAGCAGCAGUUCAGCGUCUGAGGAGCAGGCACGCGAAUUUGUGCUAGAGUACUUGCGCAAGGUGUAUCAUGGUUACACGAAAUAUCCUUUUGUCUAUCCCAAGGAAUUCAUUAUCAUAAUGACGGGAAGCGCUAAAAGUGUUGGCCGCGAGGAGAUUCGAGCGGCAAUUGCAGAAGCGGUCAGAUUGUAUGGGUUCCAGGCCAGGAUCCUGUAUGAUAACCCUGGAUAUGUAGCAGCGAGGGGCGCGGCUGAGAUCGCAUGGCGAACGUUGCUAGAAGCGGAGAAGAAGAAGGAGAAUACAGAGUUGUGA